GCGUCAUCAUCACUGGCGGCGCCAUCAAAUCGCCGAAAGACCUCGACGCUGAUGCUGCUGCGAGCUUGAAUCCAUAUUACACGAAUCAAUUCUCAGAAUGUAUAAAUAUGUCAACCUGACUUCUCUUCUCUCCAUUCCAAGGUCCAACAUCACAUUAAACCGUUCGGAACCAUAGCAAGAUAACUUCAACCUUAGGCCAACCUUGGAAGCAAGCCUCAAUCCGCCCUCUUCGUAUAACAACAGCCAAAAUGUCCCAGUUCAACUCUCAGACAACAGCAGAAGAGGUCUGUGAAGCAUUUCCCUCCGAGAUCAAGGGGAGAACAUUCCUUAUCACUGGCACCAGUGCCAAUGGCCUCGGUGCUAGGCUCGCAACAACACUGGCCAAAUACUCACCGGCCCAAAUCAUACUCGUCUCCCGAUCCAAGUCCAAAGUCGACCCUGUUGUUGAGGAGAUCAAAUCUGCGAACAGCAGCGUCUCGGUAAAGUUCGUGCCAUGCGAGCUCUCUGACCAGGACAGUGUCCGCAGCGCGGCCGAGACAAUCCUGUCAGAUUCAGAAAUCGCCAAGAUUGAUGUCGUGGUCAACAACGCCGGCCUGAUGGCCGUUCUGGAAUAUCAGGUCGACAAGAAAGGAAACGAGAUGCAGUUGAGCGCGAAUCACAUCGGACACUUCCUUCUCACCAACCUCAUCAUGCCAAAGAUCCUGGCCGCCGGUGCUGGCGCACGAAUUAUCAACCUCACCUCUCUCGGCCACCGCAUCGGACCCUUCCGAUUCAACGACCCAACAUUCAGUGGCGGCAAAGAAUACGAUCCUUGGUCCGCUUAUGGCCAGUCCAAGACCGCAAACAUUCUCUUUGCCACCGAGCUGGCCCGCCGCCUCAAACCCCACAACAUCCAGUCCUUUGCCGUACACCCUGGCCUGAUCCUGUCGACCGGCCUGGGUGUGCACAUGGACUUUAUGGCCCAGCUUCCGGCACUGCAGGCUGCAGCCGAGAAGAACAACCCCGGUCUGGAAUGGAGCGCGGAAGGCCACGCCAAGAACGACUCGCAGGGAUGCGCAACUGGUCUGACGGCUGCGUUGGACCCGGGUCUAGAGGCCCACAGCGGCGCCUAUCUUGAAGACUGUGCGGUGUCGAAGGCUUUGGAGUACGCGACCGACCUGGAAAAUUCUAGGAAGCUGUGGGCUUACAGCGAGGAGAUCGUUGGCCAGAAAUUUGAUUUCUGAAUGUUCAGUUUGAUUUCAUAUGGUGGAAUACUUUUCACACUCCUUUUGUAUCAAUAGUAUAGAUUCGAUUUUAGGUGACUAUAAUAUGCUGGUCUCGCGCUUAAUAGAUAACCCUUCGUCACGAA